AUCGAUUUAAAAUAUAUAAAUAAAAAAAAAACAUGUCUUUAUUAUUCGACGAAGAAAGUAAUAAACUUAUCAGAAAAUAUAUGAAAGAAUAUGAACAUAUUCAUAAUCGUUUCGUUUUAAUUAGUAAGUUAGUCCCGAAAUACAAACCGAAUCAACUUUCAAAUUAUUGGAAUAAUUAUCUCGAUCCACGCCUAUGUCUCGAGCCUUUAAGUGAUGAUGAAAAAAAAUAUAUUAUUGAACAUGUUCAAAGCAAUCGAAGAAUAAAUGGACUUAUUAAUUGGAAACUCGUCGUCAAUGGUUUAAAAAAUAAAUUUGGUAAGCUCCGUUCUGAAAAUAGAGUUAGAAAUUUUUGGAAUUCAAAACAAAAAAGUGAUUUAAGGAAGGCUAAAAGACAGGAAAGAAAUUCUCGCCCUCAUAAUCUAAUUGAAGAAAGUGUUCGUCCAAAUUUACCAUUACAUUAUAAACCUCAAUUGAAUGAUACAAUAAACAAUCAACAAUAUCUUUCAACGUUACCCAUUAUGGAGCCUUAUGUUACAUUUAAUUUUAAUAUGCCUAUUAAAAUGAACCCAGUUUUUUAAGUACUAUCAGUUUAUAGAAUUUUAUAGAAUCUUUU